AUGUCAGGAGAAAGAAGGAAGUUAAGCAUAUCGGAUGUGAACUCUCUACACCAGGAGGAUUUUAUUGCCAUAUUUGGUAAUGUAGUAGAGCACUGUGCACUCUGGGCGGCGGUGUGGGCAGACAAGCCAUUCCGAAACUACGAAGAAAUGCAGUCAAAAUUCAACGGAUUUAUAGAUCAGCUUCCUCUGUCAGGUAAAGCCGGAGUUCUUCGUCUUCAUCCAGACCUUGCCGGCAAACUAGCACAGUCUGGCAAUCUCACUUCCGAAUCUACUAGAGAACAGGCGACUGCCGGGCUAGAUAAUUUGACAGAGGCGGAAAGGGAGAAGAUGUCUGCUUUGAAUACGAAAUACAAGAACACCUUUGGUUUUCCCUUUGUUAUCUGUGCUAGAGAAAACAAGAAAGAAAAGAUUUUACUUGGUUUGGAAACAAGAUUGGAAAAUACUGCCGAAAUAGAGAUUAAUACUGGUACAGAUGAAGUGAAGAAGAUAUGCAACCUCAGGUUAAAGGAUCUAGUUGAUGAAAACUCAGUGGCUAAAUUGUGAUGAUAGAAAAAUGCUGGUUCAAACUUUUAAUACUGUUGAAAGUAUACAGCUUACAAUGAGUUUCUUAGACCUUUGAAAAAUAAAAGAAAUCGAGUUGAUAUUAUACAAUUAUCGACUUUUUCAUAGGUUGAUAUCAGGAUUUAUCAACCCGAAAAGAGUUAUAUUCACCGAGCUGAAUGAAAAAGUCAAUAAUUGUUUUAUUAUAUGAAUAAAUGUAUAGUCAGUCUUAUUAUUACGAUUGUAUCUUAAAUAAAGAAAUAAGGAAUAAAUUUAUACCAAAUCAGGUUGAUAUUGGUUUUCCAAGCACCUUAUUUGAUCUAUUUUUAUUUUCGUACUAUUUAUAACCCAUGAUAAGUUGAUAUGAUAUGUACCAUAUAACUCCGUAUUAACACCCCCUCUCUAAUUAACGCCCCCCCCCCCCCCCACAUUUUUUAGGGAAAAUAAAAAAAUCUUACCUUCAAAAAUUGGUCCUAGAUCCAACACAAUAAUAUCCAGAUAAUAACAAUUCCGUUACAAUACAAAUGAAUUUAAAAAAAAAACACACUUAAUAUGGGGUUAUACGCAAACUUUUAAACACGACAACAUCCUGAACAGGCAUGGCACAAACAAAUCUACUGUGUGUAAGUACUGAAUAUGCCACGUGCAGGUAAACCCACAUAAAGUUAAUGACGCUACAGUAUUGAUCGAAUUUAACUAGGAUCACGUCACUCAGUGCGCGACUUUUCACAGAUUCCCAGUACGAUUACGUAUCGGGUUAUGUCAGUGCAUGAAUUUGGAUGAAUAGGGGGGCGUUUAUACGAGUUACUGACAUUGUUUGGAUCAAACUUUUCGUAAAAUGCAUUGCCCCCGGGGGCGUUUAAACGGGGUUAUACGGUACUCAUUACUUUUCAAACCGUUUUCAGCCAAUCAGAGAAACAAUAGAAUACAGUCAUGUAUUAAAGCCAUUUCUCAACUGAUAUAGAAUGUGUUGCUGUGACUGUAAUUUAAACUAUGAUUUUUGUUGAGGUUUAGAAUGUGACUUAUGCUGAUGUUUAGACUGUGACUUUUGCUAUGCUGAAGUUUCGACUGUGACUCAAUUUGCUUAAGUUUAGACUGCAAGUUUGCCGAAGUUUAGACUGUGUUUUAGACUGUGACUUUUGAUAAAGUUUGAAAUCAAGAAUGUGA